GUUUACUGUAGGCACCAGCCACAGGGAACAAAAACCUGCCUAGAUCUUUGGAGGCUUUUGCUCUCUGUAACAGAAAGGGAACUUUCACUCUUGGUAUAGGGGCUUUUUAUUAUUAUUUUGUUGGAAAAGCGUUCGUUAGAUCCCUAUAUAGGCGGUUAUUUAUCUGCAUGGAGUCAGGACCAUGUGGUCUCAGCUUCACAUGCAAAUUCCCUUUUUAAUAAUCCUAAUGCGGGGAGCCCUCCAAUCAGAGCACUAUCAGCCACUGGCGCCCUGAUACCUGAUGCCAGCUUUACUGGUAAUGUAGGCCACUGAAGCAAAUCCAGGGAGAUUGACUUGGAAGUGAAGAGAGGAGAUCCGCCUGCUUGGCUUCCUGACACAGGGGUUUCUAUUUGUUUUCUCCCUCUGCUCUGGACUCAGAAAGGGACACAAUUCCUGUACAAUCAUUAUCGGAGAGCAGCCCAGCAGGGUCAAGGCUGAGAGAAGAGGACACAGCCACAAGCAGUGAAGCAAGGUGGAGGAGUGAAGACAGAGGAGCAGGUGGAUGAAAGCAUGAGGUUACUCCUGGGCAGCAGCUGGAAGAAAUUUGGACAUGCUGACAGGGGAAACUACGACUGGCUGAACACUGAACCAGGUGGGCCACUUCUGGAAACAGAGCUCCAGAGUAGACAACAGAUAAGUUCAACCAAAGAUGACAUAGAACCAUUUCUGUGCAUCAUUUUGCCUGCCACCAUGAUGCUCUUCCUGGCAUUCCUGCUGCUCUUCCUGUACCGCCGCUGCCAGCGCCCCAUCCCACAAGGGCAGAUCUUCAGCAUUGACCUCCCUGAGGCCCUGCCUGAGCAUGAUGUGUCCAAUUUCCUUUCUGUGCUGCCAUGGAACAGCGAGCAGAGUUUUCACUAUUCCACUCUGCUCCCAGAUGCCACAUUCCUGUCCUUAUGCUUGCCUCCAUCCUACGAGGAGGCCACUACAAAGACUGCCUUGGAUGAGGCUCACGUUGAGCUCCCUCCAGACCCAGUGCCUCCUUAUGAAGAGAGCACAUUGCCAUCCAGCAGCACCAGAUAAGCUUCCUACGGAAGUACUUUAGCUGAAGCAUGCUGCCCAUCAAGGCACAAAUAUGGAUCUGCUAUGGCCUUUAAAAUUAGCACAAAUAAUCCAAAUGAGGUAAAACAAAUGAACUGUGAAGGAACAAGGAUUAAAGGACAAUCUGUAGCAAGGCUAAACACCUCAUCAGUUCUAGGCUGGUAAUGGGGGAAUCUGAGAGGACAGAGUAUGUUGUAUAAGGAUUAGACUUACAGAUGGAUGAGAACCUGCUCAAUCCCAAAGAGACAUAACAUUGAUGGCUGGACUUGAUGGUCUUGAAGAUCUUUUCCAGCCUAGAUGACUCUAUGAUAAAUUAUACUACAAAUUUAACAGUUGCAAAAAGGGCUUUUAGCACGAAUCUGUGCCAGUUUGGCUUUUUCUACUUUAUGUGCUUAUUUUUCAUUGAGUUCCUGAAAAGCUGAUUUAUUAAGUCAGCAUGUCCUAACAUCGCAUCAUUCUUCAGUGCUCUGGAACAGUCGAUCACAGCACUCAGGAAAACAAACUCUAAGGAAAUUUUCCAGCUGUCCCCAAAAGUACAACCACGCACCAUUCCUGAAAGCUGACUUCUACCACGACUGAAUGGUGAGAGCAACCAGAGAAGACCAGAUCAUUCUGGAUGAGGAAGAUUCCAACACCAUCACACACAAACAUGUGCACUUGGUACAAGACAAAGCUUACCAGAUCCCAAAGUUCUCGGCUACUGGCUUGACUUAUUUGCCAAUGUACAGAUCUAAAACAAUAAAUCCUGUGACCUUUUAGGUACCAUGUGCAAAAGAAAAUAGGGGGGCGGGGGGGAGAAAUAAAUCUAAUGCUCAAAGAAAAAAAUCCAGUUGGUGUUUCAAAACAGCAUUGCAUUCGCUUUGCCACAAGCGAGAAGUAAAUACCAUUUAAAUGGGUUCUUGAGAGGGCUUGCACAUCCUUACUUUUAGAGAGUGACGUGUCUCUAAUUCCUUCUUUCAGAACAGCACUUUCACCAUGCUGACAGAUGCUCUUGUUGACUGAUAAAAUUCAGCCUCCAUUGUUUCAAAUGUGGCAUAUUUUGCCUUAAAAUAUCUAAUAUGUUCUGAAAUCAGUUGCUCUGUUCUUCAGCAGUUUAUCCUUGUCAUUUUAGUGCCUGAAAGCUACCCUGGACUCAGUUUUCUAAGUUACUCUCCUGUUAUCUUAAUUACAAGUCAAAUAAAUUCUUGAGUGAUAUUUCCGGUGAUCAAAACUGAUGUGCUAAUUCUAGAACUAGCCAAGAAUUGCUAUUCCUUCCAAGAAAACUGAGCAAUCAUCUCCCACAUAGUAUUUAUCGGGUAACUCAAAGCCUGCAUUAGAAAAACAGUUUGUUCACAUUACUAGAGAUAAAUUAAGAACAGAUAAUUGCUCACAUUCAAAUUAACAGCAAUAUAUAUCCCAUUACUUCAGUUCCUUUUUCUAAUAGACUACUUUUAAUUUCAUCUAGAAUUAGUGUCUUGUUUUAAAUAAAUGAUUUAAACAUUGUUUUAUCUGGUCUUGCAUGGUAAUUGUCCCUAGUGGGUUUCAACCUACCCAGCAUCUCAUUCUUAAAUCUCCACUUCAAAUCAAAGGUCCAGCUGAUAAAUUACUCUCCACAGUGUAGCAGCUACCACUGAUCAUGUCAACCUGUGGCACACCCAGCAGUAACCAUAGUGUCAUUGUCACUGCUACUGUUUGAUCACAUCCUCUGCAGCAAACAUAGCUCACUGUCCAAAAGGAACUCAUGCUCAGCUCCACUAAUCUGAAAGAGAAAGGCUUAAAGCACACCAUCUCAAAAAGAGCCAUUGGAAUUUCAGCUUUAGACAAGAUGACUGAAACAUUAAAUUUUCAAGUACAGAAAAAGUAACUGCAAACAGAAGAAAACAACCCUUCAUACUUCAUGCCUGCAGCAGUCUGGACUGGUUCCAGAAAGCUUAAGUUGCAUGAAAAAACAUCUAAAAACAAACUACAAUCUAAAAGAGCAGCAAAGCACUGGGAGCAACAUCUCUGGUCAUAAUGCGAAAUCAAGCAACCAUCUGUCAGCAGUGAAGGAUGCUAGUUGGAGCAAGGAAUGCUUAGAAGUUAUCCCUGGGCCUUUCCCUGCUCCUACAUCAUAAGGCUGUGUAAAAAUAAAGUCUGUUCAUGGUUUCUAAGUUUUAUAAGAAAAUAAACAUCUCUUUGAAAACCAGACACCAUGAAUUUUCACAUACAUACAUAGAUCACUGUAAGUCUGUACUAUAUAAUGGCAAGGUGCUUAUAAUUUUUUUGUUUAAAUCCAAUGAAGGUUAGAGCUUAUUAAAAUAUCAAAACCUGCUAACACACACACCAUCUUCUGAGCUGUAGGCUCACUGUGACAGGCAGGGUAACACUGCUCUGGUGUUUUACUAAGACAGCGCCAACAGCCAGCAAUGCGAUUGCGUAUAUCCUAAAUCUAAACAACAAGCUGUUGUAAGAAACUAUGGAGUAGUAGAGGCACCCUUUCACUAAAAAGGUUUUCAAAGGCUUAGAGGGCAAUCUCUAUGCCUGACCUCUCUGGGAGAGCAGUCAGAGUCCCUUACUGCCCACUGCUUUGUGAGCAGAGAUGCACACACACUGCAUGUGGAUGAAAGCCUUGCGCUCAAAAUGCAUUAGGGGAAAAGAGCACCAAUAUUUUUUACAAAAUUGUUUUAUUAAAUAUGCACUGAAAGCAUACAGCCCACACCUCCCACAAUAACGUAAUGGUUUUAUAUUAAUAGAAUAUCCUAAGCAUAGUAGAUGCUCAUAAAAUGAAGUAUUCAAUAAAACUGAUUCAUGCUUACCUACAGACCGAGCAUCUGGCACCUAUUCAUUGCUAUGCUACCAUAACUAGCUCAUGACUCAUCUGUACUUGCCAGUGGUGAAAGGUGUUUUCAAAACAGCACAGUCACUGCUUGGUCUUCUGAAAUAACUAUUUUUACUCUCUAUCUAGAACACAAUCAUUGUCACUGGUGUGCACAGGGAGAAGCAUUUAAGCGUAUACCUACCCCUGAAGAGAGAUGCUCAUUUGUAACAAGUAUUUUGACUAGUAAUUCAGCCCUGGUUUCAGUGAAGUAGAAGAAAAUGAAAAAGAAAUAAACAACAUCAAGUCAGUGUGUCUUUACAAUAGUUCAACAACACCACAGUAGCCCCAAUAAUAAAAUAAAUGGUUUAAUCUGCAAUGACAGGGAUUUUACUUGGGUCCCUAAACCCACAAAACAUCUGAAUACAGGCACACAACGACACGCUUUUGCCAGUACCAACUCCACUAGUAAGAACUAUGUACAUCCCAGUAGAGAAGAACACUUAUGAACGUAGUUCAUAACCAAAAGCAUGUUUUUAAGUCAACUGCUAAUUAAAUGAAU